AUGCAUGCACCAAUUAGAGAUAUAUCUAUGGAUGUUUUGAUAAAUUUGGAAACAUCUACUACACCAACUAAUAGUUGUAUGGACAUACCAUUUGAAAUUCCAAAGGAAAUAUGGCUAUUAGUUGAUCAUUUAUAUUCAAAAGGCAUGAAUCAGGAAGAUUUAUUUCAACAACCGGGUUUGCAUAAUGAAAUACAGCAAAUCAGAGAAAAUCUUGAUACAGGAAAUUGGGAGUUAAAUGUAAGUGUUCAUUCUGUGGCAGAAGCAUUAUUACUGUUUCUUGAAGCUCUUGCAGAACCAGUGAUUCCAUAUAGUUCUUAUCAAGCAUGUUUAGAAUGUUCAAAUAACUUUGCUCAAUGUAAACAGCCGUUACCUAACGGGUACUUUACGUGGAUUCGCAUUAAUGUGCCAGGUCUGGACUUUAAGUGUGCACCGAAUUAA